AUGGUUGCAUCUACACAAUUAUAUGAUAUAUUACAAGUUCGAUAUGACUCUGAUGAGUCUGUUAUUAAAAAGGCAUAUAGGACAUUAGCCUUAAAAUAUCAUCCUGAUAAGAACAAUCUCUCGGAAGAAUCAAAACAAAUGUUUCAAAAAAUAAGUGAGGCUUACGUGGUGUUGUCCAAUAAAGAUAAAAGACAAAUGUACGAUAAAUAUGGUACCGUAGAUCCACUUGAAAUUGAGACUAUUAUAGCUAAACAGGAACAAAAGAAACAAAACCUUCAGCAACAGCGGGGGAAUAGAGUAGUCAAUAUCUUUGAUGCUGAUCCAUUUUUUCAUGAUUCCAUGGGAAUGGGAAUGAACAUGGGAAUGAACAUGGGGAUGAACAUGGGUAUGAAUGGGUUUGGAAACUUGGGAGGCUUUGGCAAUAUAAAUAUGGGCAGUUUCUCAGCAGGAGACUUAUUCUCCCAAUUUUUUGAUAAUACUAAUAAGUCCGCCCAAAAAUUUAAUCAAUUUCCUAGCCAAGGAGCCUUCAACACUAACAAUAAAGAGAAUGUUAGUAAAACCAAUAAUAAUAAUAACAUGGAUAAUGGAUUCACUUCCUUCAGCAACAGACCAACCGGAGAUGCUUUCUUUAACUCAAAUAUUAAUAGUUUAAACAAAUGUAUUUCAGAUGAUAAGAAUUUGAAAAGAGGACCAGAUAUAAAACAUACUUUAAAAUGCACAUUAUCUAAUUUAUAUUCAGGAAAAAGGUCAAAACUUCGACUAGAAAGAACAAGGUGCUGUUUAAAAUGUAAAGGUUUUGGUAGUUUGAAUAUUAAAUCCUGUAGCAAAUGUAACGGUAGGGGAUCAUUAACGCAGACUAAGAAAUUUGGUCCAAUGACACAAACAUUUACACAAACAUGCGAUGGGUGUGGAGGAAAUGGUACCUUUGCUGAUGCACAAGAUAUAUGUAAUGAAUGCCAAGGAGAAGGCUUCUUGAACGAAAAAAAAAUAUUUGAAGUAGAAAUUACACCGGGUAUGACUGACGGUCAAUUGAUAAUAUUAACUGGAGAAGCUGAUGAGGUCAUAUCCACAAACUUGGGGAAAGAAAGAGUAAUACCUGGAGAUAUAAUACUGACAAUUAAUUUACUCCCUGAUCCAACCUUUAAAGUAGUGCAGGGUGCAGACUUGUUGUAUGCCAAUUACAAAAUCAACCUUUUAACAUCAUUGUGUGGGGGUAGUAUAUACAUUAAAAAUCAUCCAAGUGAACAUCUAAUAAAAAUUAAUAUUAUCCCUGGCGAACUUAUCAAAAACGGCGCCAUAAAGACAGUAGAGAACUUAGGAAUGCCAAAAAUCGAUUUAUCUGUUGGUCAUUCAAAUGAUAUUCAGGCAAAUAAACCAACAUUGAAAGGUAAUCUUGUAAUUCAUUUUGAAAUUGUAUACCCAGAUAUGCUGGAAACUGAUACUGUUAUUGAGCUACAGAAUAUCUUGAAUAAUGAUAAAUAUAUUCAAAACCAAAUUACAGAGGAAGAAGCAGAUAAUAAAGUUGAUUUAGAAGACUUGGUAGAAUAUGAAGAACAUGUUUUUAAUAAUUUUGCUACAGAAUACUCGAAUUUGGACGAUGUGCUUGGUAAGAAGAACCCUUCUUCAGAGUUCAAUGAAAAUAAUAAACGACCAAAGACAGAGUAA